AUGGCAAAUCGCACAUUGCUGGAUGAAUUUAUUCUCCUAGGAAUACCCCAGACUCAAGGACUGGAGACUCUACUCUUUGUGGUGUUCUUGUUCAUAUACUUCUUCACCUUGCUUGGAAAUUCACUCAUCUUUACAGCAAUAGUUUCUUCAUCUUCUCUUCACACCCCCAUGUAUUUCUUCCUGGGACUUCUAUCAAUUUUUGACAUAAUGUUUCCAUCAGUAACCUGUCCCAAGAUGCUAUUUUACCUCUCUGGCCAGAGUCCAGCCAUCUCUUACAAAGGCUGUGUUGCACAGCUCUUCUUUUAUCAUUUUCUGGGUUCUACUGAAGGAUGCCUCUACUCUGUGAUGGCCUAUGAUCGUUAUGUUGCCAUCUGUCACCCACUAAGAUACAUGCUCAUCAUGAAACCUGGAGUGUGCCUGAGCUUGGUCACAGUAUCCUGGUUGGUAGGAUGUCUUCAGUCCAGCAUCCUAACAUUCUUUACAUUUCAGUUAACCUACUGUGGUCCCAAUCAUGUCCACCAUUUUUUCUGUGACAUUCCCGCAGUUUUACCUCUGGCUUGUACUGACAACAAAUUGGCCCAGAAGGUGGGUUCCAUCAAUGUUGGCUUUCUGGCUCUGAUGCUUCUCUUCAGUGUUUGUGUCUCUUAUGUACAUAUUGGAGUUGCCAUUCUGAGAAUCCGUUCAGCAGAGGGCAGACAGAAAGCAUUCUCCACCUGCAGUGCCCACCUCACUGCUAUUCUUUGUGCCUACGGACCUGUAAUCAUCAUCUAUCUGCAGCGCACACCAAACCCUCUGCUUGGGGCUGUGGUGCAGAUAUUAAAUAAUAUUGUCUCACCUAUGUUGAACUCUUUAAUCUAUUCAUUGAGAAACAAGGAAGUGAAGAGGUCCUUGAGAAGGGUGUUUCACACUUUAGCUUAG